AUGACAACAGCGCAGGUAGAUGCCCUGUUCGUCCGACAGCAUCGGCAGGAAAUGAUGGCAGAGGUAUGCCGACAUUGGCUUCUGAUGUUUGGCAUCAGCAGCUUCGUUUUAGGCAUGCUGACCGUGGUCAUGCUAGUGUGGCUGUGUUUCGUUUGGGCCAAGGCCUAUGUGAAAGGCUUCCACAGCUGUGACUCGCUUCUGACUCUUUGGGCUUUCGUCCUGUACAGCAUGAUGAUCCUGAAUUUUGCCAAGUCCACCGCCUGUGGCCACAGGCUCAUGGGCACCCUCUGCGCGUGGGAGCCUGAUCCUGAUUUUCCUCACCGUGCUCCGUUGCGGGUGAAGCUCUUCAAUCUGUUGCUACCGCUGUUCAUGUUCACCUGGAAUGCCAUCGGUAUCCACUGGGCCAGGCUGUCCACCGCGCCUCAAGUUCCACGGCUUGUUUGUCAAGAGGAAAGCCAAGGUGUGAUCGAUGCCAUCUUGGCUUUCGCAACGGUUAACAUCGCACUGACUGUGUUCAUGUUCCUCAACAUUGUUGGGUUAGCCUACUUCUUUCGAAUGCUUCUUCGAAUGGGAGUUGUCCACUCCAGCAAGGCGGCACCGGAAGGGUCGUUGGAGGCGAGCACCGAGAAGGUCACUGCCGAAACAGCUAAACUGGCCGAUUCUCCCCAGUGUCCAAUCUGCCUGGAGGACUUCUCCGACACUGAUGAGUCACAGGAUAUCUCAAGGACCUUGAAGUGCAAUCACUACUUCCACAAGGCCUGCCUCAAGGACUGGCUGCAAGUAAAUCGAGACUGCCCGCUGUGCCGGCAAGACUUGGCGAAGCCAAGUUUGGAGGCAACGCCGGCGGAGUCCCAUAGCAGCGAUCUCCCAGUCUGA